AUGUUCACUUCUGAUUGGAAUUUUCCCUAUAACUACAACUCCCAGCAUGCAUUGUUCGUGAAGUGUUAUACUUCCGGUAGCUGCAAUUCCGCUUUUAUCAGCUGGCUGGACGGAAGUGCUGUGGAUGAAUGCCUCUUGAGGUGAAUGAUGCCCUUGGAGGUGGCCUGGCCUUUCCCACAAUGCCCCCGUCUGGGCUGGAGGAUAUCCAGUCGUCUGAUCAUGGGGAUGGUGGGAUCAUACAGUUACCUUUGGACCAAGCAUUUUAACUCUGUAAUAGUGCACAAUCGGGAUGUUUUGCUCAAUUUGGUGGAUGAGCGUCCCCGGGACACGCCUCUUAUCACCUUAUCUAAUCAUCAGUCCUGUAUGGACGAUCCACACAUUUGGGGAGUCCUGAAGCUUCGGCAGCUCUGGACCUUUAACAGAAUGAGAUGGGCUCCUGCUGCAUCUGAUAUCUGUUUUACAAAUAAGUUUUAUUCCAGCUUCUUCAGCAGAGGAAAAUGUGUGCCUGUUGUUAGAGGAGAUGGUGUAUAUCAGAAAGGAAUGGAUUUUCUCCUGGACAGACUGAAUUGUGGGGAUUGGGUGCACAUCUUUCCAGAGGGUAAAGUAAACAUGACUGGAGAGUUCAUAAGGCUGAAGUGGGGAAUUGGACGUUUGAUUGCAGACUGCUCUCUUCACCCAAUCAUUUUACCUAUGUGGCAUAUAGGAAUGGAAGAUGUCCUGCCAAAUACAACUCCAUACAUCCCUCGAGUUGGACAGAAAGUAACCGUCCUAGUUGGAAAACCGUUUACAGUCAAAAACCUGGUAAAUGGAUUGAAAGCGGAAAACUCGAGUCCGAUGGAAAUGCGCAAAGCGGUGACAGACUUCAUUCAAGAGGAACUCUGCAGUUUGAAAGACCAAGCUGAGGCUCUCCAUCAGAAAAUAAAGAGCUACACGUGAAGAUCUGUGAAUAAAGACAUAUCAGAGAAAUGAAGGAAACCUGAUGAUUUCAACAUGAACAGAAGACUUGAGCAGAAGGAAAACAGAAAUCUGUUGUUAUUAUAAAUGAUCAUUGAAGAGGGAUUAUCUUCUGGCUAUCAUGUCUAAGAGGAAGUGGAUGAGAAUGAAUGAUUUAUAUGAUAAAAUGUCAAUUUUGACUAGAAAUGCCUUACAGACUGUGAAGCACAAUAUGUUGUGUUUUCAUGAUGCACUAUCAAAUGAUUUUUGCAUUUGCAGUUAGGAUGAUAACAGUUUUAUUAGUAAAAUACUUUUUUGUCAUCACUGAUAUAAGAGAGUCAAAUGCAUAAAUGUAAAUUUAGGAGAUGUUUGCAGAAGUAAAUUUCAUUGAUUUGCUGAUUUUUUAUGCUGUGACCUGAUGAAACCUCUCCCUCAACAAAUGUGCUGCAGCGUGGAUGUUACAGAAGACAUUGUUUAUGAUUUAAUAUGUGAGAAGUAUGAAAGUUUCUUACUUAAACCCAUUAUUUUACUUCAGAAGACAUUUAUUAACCCACUGGAGUCAUGUGCUUCUUUAAUGGGUGCAUGUUCUUUUUAAGCUUCUGAAACUGUUCAAUAUUUAAUCAGGAAUGGGAUAAUUGUCCUUUAUAAUGUCUGAUUAAAUGAUGAAAUGCAGCUACAUUCUCUUAUCUUAAUAAAUGGUACAUAAUG